GGGAAAAAGAGGGAGGAGGGAGGGGCUGGGCAACAGCAGCGGCCGGAGGGGAUCCCAAGCUGUAACUCAACACCCGCCUUUGGAGAGAUCCGUCCUUUCUCCUCCCUCCCAGACUUCGGGACUGAGCCCAGAACCGCCGAGGAGGAGGAGGGAGAGGAGGAGGAGGAGGAGAGUAACUGGGAAAGAAGCUGGAGGAAAGAAGCCAGCGAGACGGAGAGAAAAAGGAGGGACCGGACCGAGGGGGACAGGGGGAUUUCGUUGGGGAGCAAUCUGGGGCCUGCGGGGCGCCAAGCGGAGAGUGGAGGAGAAAGCCGGCUGCGAGGGGGUGCGUGCGUGUGACUGGGUUUGUGCAAAUUGGUGAUUGUGUGUGUUUGUUUGUGUGUGUGGUGGGGGAGGGAGGACUGCGAGAAGUAGCGAGCUUUGGGCCCUAAAGUGAACGGGAGGAGGUGAGCGGUGUAUUGUUGCGCUAAGCGUGUGUGAGAGCCAUGUGUUUUUGUGAAGGCGAAAGGGGGCCGUGUUAGAGGGAGCGUGUGUCGGGGGCGGGGGGGGGGGCCUGCGUGGUGUGUGUGAGUUAGUGUGUGGCCACUGCGUGUCCUGGGGGAGGCCUGCCGGACCUGUGGAUUCAGGGGUCAGUUGUUGGCGCCUCGAGACCCUUGGCUCCAGCCCUUCGACGAUUUCGCCAACUGGCCCAGAGGUGAAGAGGCCUGAGGAUCGCAGGGCCCCUCUCCGAAGCUCCCCCGCCCCCGGAUCCCUGCACCCGGUGCCGCCUUUCUCCUCCGCCUAACUUCGCCCGACGGCCUCCUCUGCCCCUCCACAUGGGACCUCAGCACCAAACCGCUGGGCCGGAGAGCCAGGGCCCCGGGGGUCCCGCGGGAGCGGCCUGAGCCCCGUGGAUGAAGACCCUCCCCCCAACACACACACAUACACCUCCCCGGCUCCGUCUGCCCACCCCCGGGGGGCUUCUCGAGCGCUCCGCUUCCCCCAGCCCCCCUGGGGGAGACCCCUAGACGUGGUGCUGAAACUUCCGCGGACUCCGCAGCCGAGUGCCGAGGAGGAGGAGGAAGAGUGAGGGGGGCACAGCCCCAAGGACGGGAAUAUGGCCGUGUCGGCCCAGCUGGCCCGGGCGCUGUAUGACAACACUGCCGAGUCUCCAGAGGAACUGUCCUUCCGCCGGGGGGACGUGCUGCGGGUGCUCCAGGGAGAGGGCGCCGGCGGACUGCGAGGCUGGUGCCUCUGUUCCCUGCAUGGCCAGCAGGGCAUCGUGCCUGCCAACAGGGUGCGGCUUCUGCCCUCCAGCCCCACCCCGGAUCCCGGCCUCUACCGGGUGCCUCCCGCCCGCCCCGAGCCCUCCAACCCGUGCCCGGGGGCUGGCGAAACUGAGCAAGAGGUGUAUGUCGUUCCCCCACCCGCCCGGCCCUGCUCCGCUUUGGGACCCCCGCCUGGACCCUGCCCACCCUCCCCCGAAACCAUCUACAAGGUCCCCAGGGACCCGGCCGGAGACGCGACCCUAGAGGUGUACGACAUCCCUCCGUCGGCACUGCGGGGGCCCGCCAGCGGCCCCUACGACGCCCCCGCGCCCUUCUCCCGGCCCCUGGCCCGCGUGGCCCCCCAGACCCCUUCGGGGGAGGACGCCCCCUACGACGUGCCCCCUGCUCUGAAGCCACCUCCCGAGCCGGACCUGGAGCUGGAGGGAGGCCGGGAGCCAGGACCCCCCGUCUACGCCUCCCCCUCCAACCUGAAGCGGGCAUCGGCCCUGCUCAACCUCUACGAGGCCCCCGAGGAGCUGCUGGGCGAGGCCACGGGCAGUGAGGACGGCAUCUACGACGUGCCCGUGCUGGGCCCCGAGGAGCCCCCGGCCCCCGCUCUCCCUCCGCCCCCCUCCCCCAGUGACCUGGAGACUCUAACUCUACUCCUGGCCCGGAGUCCGCCCCCACCGCCCAGGCCCCGGCUGCCCUCCGCCGAGAGCCUGUCCCGGCGCCCGCUGCCCGCUCUACCGGUCUCUGAGCCCGCCGCCCCCUCCCCGGCUCCCUCGCCCGCCUCUGGCCGCAAGGGGAGCAUCCAGGACCGGCCUCUCCCCCCGCCCCCGCCCCGCCUGCCCAGCUACGGGGGCCCCAAGGCGGAUGGAGACGGGGAGAGGAGGGAGGGCGAGGGCGGGGCGGGAGCCGCCGCGUCCAACGAAUACGAGGGCAUCCAGCUGGGCGAGGAAUACGACUAUGUCCACCUCAAGCAGGGAGUCAGUAAGGAUCAAGGGCUUGCUGAGCUUGCGGAAGUUUCCCUCCCCGAGGAAUCUGAACUGCUGCUGCCCGAGAGCCUGUUGCAGAAGGAGCAGGAAGCAUUCUCCCCCGGGGAGCCCCUGGCCCUGCCUGCGGGGGACCUCCAGCUGCUGCAUUUCUACGCGGGGCAGUGCCGGGGCCACUACGCCGCGCUCCGGGCGGCCGUGGCGGCCCUGCUGGCCAGCGCCCACGCCAACCAGCCCCCGCGCCUCUUCGUGCCGCACGGCAAGCGGGUGGUGGUGGCCGCUCACCGCCUGGUGUUCGUGGGGGACACGCUGGGCCGACUGGCGGCCUGCCCUCUGCGGGCCCGGGUCGGGGCCGCGGGGGCGGCGCUGGGCCAGGCGCUGCGGGCCACCGUGCUGGCGGUCAAGGGGGCGGCCCUGGGCUACCCCUCCGGCCCCGCCGCCCGGGAGCUGGCCCAGUGCGUGGCCGAGCUGGCGGACCGGGCCCGGCACUUCACCGGCCUGCUCGGCGGCCUGGCCGGCUGAGGACUGACCCCGGCCUUCUGGACCACCACCGCUCCCUGCUCCUCAGGGGGCCUGGACCCCCGAGGGGCUCUCCCUCCCUGGGGUCUCCCUGAUCUCUCUGCCCUGCAAGGAGGGGGAGGGGCCCUUCUCAUUCCCUGUCAAUCAUCUCCUUAUGGACUCUCCCCCUCCCCACCAGCAGCUUUUUGUACAAGCCGUUUUGUAUAAAUUAUUUAUAUUUAAUAUUAUUCCAGUUGUCCAGAGGAAGGCCCUGCGAGCCCUAUUUUAGGAGGAAGAGUGACCUCCCCUCCCCAUCCCCGAAACCCAGCCCCGUCCUGUGAGCUGUGGAAUCAAUGAGGGCCCUCUUCCCCCCCGGGGAAGUUUGGGGUCCCUUGGUCCACGGAGCCUCUGCGCACAGCGCCCCCCAAAGCGGAGGGGGGAGAACCAGAGAGGCUGAGGAUGG